AUGUCGCAAUUCACAGAGCAAGAGUUCUUCGGCGGAGCCAUUCGAGGCGUUGUGCCACAAGGCUGGAUUGAUUCGAGCACUCUCCGCGAAGUCCCCGACCACCAAGAGCUCUGGCUAUCACCAACCACGCUCUCCAACGUCAUCAUCGAAAUCAACCAGCGCGUGCCACAAGAUGAAGCACUAAGCACCCUCGCCGCGCUCAACCACCAGCAACCAACCGCCGCACCGGGCAGCGGCAGCGCCGCAAGCGCCACCGCAGAAACAGUCGACCAAGCCGCCGCCCUGUACCACCUGCACGACCUCUGCGACGAAGGCGACACCAUGCAGGUGAUCAAGCCCCCGCAGCUAGUCGAAGUCCGUCUUGCCUCGUCCUCGCCUUCGCCCGCUUCCACUAUCAAGGCGUAUCGAGGCGUCGUCUCUUUCACGGCCCCGGUGCGCGGCGCCGCCGCCCGCAUCCCGGCGUCUGCGGAUGGCGCUGCUGCUGGUAUGGCGGACUCGGCUGUGCUUGGUGCGCAGAUGAAUGGGGAGUCGAAUGGCUUGCCGCAGGUUUCGAAGCUGACUUGUCACUUUUUGCUUGUUCGGCUGGAGGUCCAGGAGACGGAUCUUUUGGUGUUUUUCAAUGUGCCUCAUGAGGAGUUUGAUAAGAGUGGGGAUCCUAGAGGUUUGUCGUUGGAGGAGGUUGUUGCGGAGGAGACUGUUGCUGCGUUGAUUGGAAGAUUGGAGAUUUGUGAUUGGGGACUGUUUGUUUAG